GAAGUCAUUUGCAUUCGCUUACUACUUCAACGGCAGCAUGAAUCAAAUUAAAAAGUCAAGUUAGACAACGGAUUGUUUUUUAAAAUAAUGAUGUUCCUAAUUUGAAACAACAACAUCUUCUUAAAAAACACUUCACCGUUUAAGUUUGCUAGUCAUUUCAGCUCUACCGGUGCGUCGAGUCGCAUUUUCUGCACCAGUAAGUAAACAAAAAUGUCCGAGUGUACUUGAAUGUGAGAUUUAAACGUGUUUGUCAUCGUAACUGGAAACCACCAGUGCUUCCAAGGGUUUUUCCUCGAAAAAGGCCGGUUUUUGUCUUGUAAGGAAAUAUAUUUAUUAUUAAUUCAUCCAUGUAUCCAUCCACAUAUGCAGUUGUUACUAAAAAUAUGACUUACUGACAGGAGAGAAUACAUUUUGAGCACACUUCACAGAAGCUGUAGGCCUCCUGAACAUGGGGUUGGCCUUGUCAACAAGAUACAUAAGUGGGAUAAACUGUGGGAUAACACUCUUUUCUGACUGUGCAGUCUACUGUGCAACACGUAGUUUAUUGGUGAAGAAAAGUCUGUUACCUUUUUUGUCUAUUCAAGUUGUGAAAAAUUACAUCUCCUUAAAAACUUGAGGCUGAAAUCUGCUCCUAAUUUGAGUCACAGCUUUCUCUGUGGGAAAACACUCUUGUCUGACUUUGCAGUCUACUGUGCAACACGUAGUUUAUUGGUGAAGAAAUACUGUUACCUUCUUUUGUCUAUUCAGGUUGUGAAAAAUUAUGUCUCUUUAAAAACUUGAGGCUGAAAUCUGCUCCUAAUUUGAGUCACAGCUUUCUCUGUGGGAUACUUCCCCUAGCCUGACGUCAGCUGGAUGUGUGAUUUUUCCUCCCCAUCCCAGCCCCAAGCUGACGCAUUCGUAUACCAGCUCUUCAGCAGUAACUUGGGGUGAGUAACAUAUAAAAAAAGCUAGAAAACUUUUACAGCUUUGAUGAACUUUUUGUCAACUUGACCAGUAUUGUAGAAUUGUUCAGUUCAGUUCACUGUUGUCAGAGGAGUAGAAAGCUAAGCCUGCUCUAUAUUCUCAUAUUACAGUACAUAGCUUGUGCAUUCCUGUGUCUGUUAUGUAAUAGAAACAGUCUCGCAAAUGUGUUCUGAUGGGCAGAAACAAAACACUUCAACUACACAUGAUGCUGGAUGAAAAACAAGCGGAUGAGAUGUACCGGUUACACCCCAGCUUCAUUUGUAGGGUUUUAAAAGCACAAACUUUAGGUCCGAAGGUGAAAUGUUUGAGGUUUGAGUCACUAAAAGUCUAGGUCCAGGCAGACUUUGUGGUCAGAACCUCAUUUAUUUUUAUCUUAGUGCAUGGAAACCCUUACAGCCUGAACACAGAGAGAAAUCUAUCUUCCUUAGGUCUACACUUAUGUGUAACUUUCACCUUACAGACUAACAUAUUUUAAGCAAAUCGAGGCACUCUGAAUCCUUGAAUGACCUUUUCUGUCAGCAGCCUACAUUUUCACCUUUUUUGAUUACUGUGGUUGUUACUGCAAGAUCCGUAUCGAUAAAAUUCCCCUGUAUUUCACUAUCUUUGUUUCAAUGUUGACACUGCUGCUGGUGCUGAAAUCAAAUUUCUUUUUAAGAGAAAAAAGGAGAAGUCAAGUCAGAACCCUCGCAUCAACUUGUGUUAUAUUAUUUCUAAAUUUUCUGGUCUUUUUAAUCUACUUGCUGCACUGCUUUCCUCUCGCAGCUACUACAGCCAUUUCCUCUGAAAACCACACUGUUUGUGCGUCAAUGAACUGCAUAAUUUUAGAGAGCUGGACCAGCAGGUUUCCUCUUCUUUGCACAUACAUACCAGCUGAAGCGGACGACCUAAGUAGUUUCAUUAUUAUCACUUGUCAUACAUGGUGGUUAUUUUUCGCUCUGAUUUGGUCUCCAAGUUAGUAUUCAUGGCAGCUUGUUGACGUGUGAAGCAAAGUAAUCUGGGAUGCCUUUUAUUUUGGCUCAUUCAUGUGAGCGUUAUCGUUCUGGCACAGCAAUUAAAGGUGUAGUGUGUAGUGUUAUUAAACACCAUUGGAAAACACAUUUUCAAGGUAUGUGUAAAUACAAUAAUCUGAAAAAAAAAUUUUGAUUUUGUUCACUUUAUAGGAAUGAGUCCUCUCAGUUUCAGCAGAUAAAAGCCUGGAAGUUGAUUAUUGAACAAUUAUCAGUCUGAAAGGUGAUGCAAUAAUUAGAUAUCAUCACAUUUUCUAUGGCAGCACAUUGGCUGAAUGGAAGUGGUUUAAAAAGUUGUAUACAGACAGCGGACACAUUACUGAAUGUCUAUGUUGGAAAAAAAAAAAGACAGUGAUAAUUUAUGGUAAAAUCAAAUAUCUUGUUUUAUAUCUAGUUUUAAAAUAGAUGGACAAUAACAAGUGAAUUGUUUUACAGGAGAAACUUUGCCACCUUUCGUGGAUAUUUUGGUUGUAAAAACUUGCCUAAUGGAGGAUCAUGCAUUUCGUGUAACACACGUGCUUUCAGUCCUUGAAGGCCUCUGUUACUCUACUGGAGCGUUUCGGUCUACAAUCUGACAGCUAGAUGUCGCUAAAUACACACAUUUCUACACGCUGUACUUUUAAGCCCUGCUGCAUGGAUGAUUUAAGCUCACGCAGGCUUGUUUUCUAAAGUGUACUUUUUCUUUAGGGAUCACACAGACACAGUUUGAAACACACAUAGAGAAACCCCAGCAGCAGGUCAACAAGUAUUAACAUUUGCAGGGCAGCCUCAAUUCAAACUCACAAACUGAUGGAGAUCCCAGAAUUUCCAUCAGUUCAGUGACAAUCAUGUAAACUUGCACAUUUAACUCAACUGAAACAUUAUAGAUGUCCAAAGUGACACACACUGGUGCAGAAAAACUGGAAUCAGAUGGUGUUUUUCAGCUUUCAGGCAGAAUAAGAAGGAAGGAACUAAAUCUAUUUCAAAUGAUAGCUCUCUUUGUUUAGUGCCGUAGAGGGCCAGAGGAGGAAUGUGGUCAGCUCUGUCCUGACUGCAGAGAGAGUUUCCAAACCAGAACUUCAACCCUAACCUUUCAUGGAGCCAGGAUUUCAAAACAAUGUUUUCCCUGGAAUCUCACAGUGAACUCCAAGGUUAUAAUUUUCUUAAACUGUGAGUGUGUGUGUGUGUGAGAGAGAGAGAGUCAGAGAGAGAGAGAUGAUGCUUGUGAAGUUCAGUGUGGGAUCCCAGUGCCAAACAUUGUAUCCAUUACUGUAGUGCAGGAAGAACACAUCCAUUACGGAUGGUGUGUGCUGUAUGUGAGUGUGUGUAUGAGAGUGAACAAAUACUGAUCCGGACCAGUUGUCAUUGUGUCCACAUCCUCUCAUAAGAAAAGACUUUCAUUAACAAGAACUGUCUGUAUGAAGUGUUUUGGGUGGAUUCAUAUGGCCGGUGUGUUGUGGUGUCAUAGAAACACUCAUGGACAAACUGUUCAGAUGAUUUAGUUUUGUAGAAGAAGCAGUGCCAUAAAGAUCUAAAUGUCUGCAACCAGAGCCUGGCAAGUAAAUCAUGUGUCAUCUGCAAAAAGAUAAGGUUCUCGUUAUAAAGUAAAAUGACCCUUGAGGGUUUCUCACUCAAAGUAUUUUGGAUAAAUAUCAUUAGUGCAACAAGUUGUUCCAUUUUUUGGGAGUUUCAUCGAUGGCAAGCAUCACAUUUUCCAUGUUUUUAUAAUAAUUGCAGCAUUACAGUCUUGUUGGAUCUAUUCAAAGUAAGAACUUUUUGUGAAGUCUGUGAAACAACCCAGUUUUCAAGGUUCAUUCUCAUCCAACACAUGUACAGGGAGUGGGUUUAGAUGUUUACAUAGCCUAAGAGGUCAGAGUUUCUCAACCCAUUAAGGGUUGAGGGUAAUCACUCAUUUUAUCAAAAACAAAUCUAAAUCAUUUGAAAGUAUUUACUUCUUCUUAUGCCAGGGGAUAAGAAAAAUUAAUCUCAAAAGUAAACAAAGCUGUCAGUCACAUAAAAAGCACACUUUAAGAUAUGCUGGGGUGCAGGAAGAGUAAUGAAUGCAUAAACCCUUAUCCACAUAACUGGCUCAAAAAUGAUCAAAAAAGAAAACUAAUCUUUUCUAGAAAUAUCUUUGCAACAAGAGAUGCUAACAUUUCAUACUCCAACAAUUCCUAAAAUUACUACUAACAUUUUAAACUUUUAAAUGUUUUUGUAUUCCUUCUCCACACAUCAAUUACUGUGUCAAAAAUGAACCAUAUUCAUUUCUAAUCGGAUUUAAUGGAAAACUCUGGCACCUAUCAGCUGUGGAUGUCAGGAAUAUAUUUACUCUUCACUACACUGCUUUGAUUAAUAGUGUUCUCUCGAAUUAAGAAAGAACAUUAAAACAGUAAGAUAUAUGUGUAUUACCUAGAAUUUUAAAUAGUAAAUUAGUACAUUCAUUUGUAUGUGUGCAAGUUGUUCUUGACCAUUGUGUUAUCAUUCAUAACCUGCUUUCUGAGUUUUCACCUGGCUGUGUUAAAAAGCACUGUCAGAAUUUCCUUGGGUAUGAAAGUAAAAGUGUUGUUAUCAGUGUUGUUAUUUAAAAGUGCACUGUGUGGUCUUAUUGUGACGCAUUAAGCAGAACAGACUUUAGGGUAGAUGAAAUAAAGUAAACCUUAGUGAGCUUGCGUUCAUAAAUAAUCAAGUGAAUCAUCAAUAUAUAUAGCUUUGGUUGACUUAGAAUGAGCACUGGUCUUCACAGAGGCCGCUAUCUUACUCCGACAUGUUUUUACUUUAGCACAGCACCAACAAACUAGCAGCAUAUACAGUAUGUGUUGUUCUUAUUUAGUGGGUGAAUGAGCUCAUUGCACCAGCUGAAUAAUGAAGAAGAAGGCAGUUGUCGUUAUGUGCAAAAGUAUUUGUACUGAUUGUUUCUACAGUUGCACAGAAUGGACAAGAAGGAAAGAGUAAUGGUUGCUGUGCGUAAAAGAAGUCAUAUUGGUGGACAUUUUUGUAGUGGUCACAGUUUUUGUUUAUCACAGGAGCUUCUUUUCCUCCACAUCAACAGGAGAAGCGAUAGAGUCUACAAUCUUAUUGCUAGUUAUUUCCCAUAUCACAUAUAUUUAUAUCCCUAUUACUACACACUGUACCUUUAAAGUACUGCAUUUUCACAAGAGCGUUAUUUAGAUGUAGCAGACUGAAGUAAUUAACUGUAUGUUAAUUAACUUUAUGUCUACACAUAGUGAGCCUGAUGAACAAGAUAAUAUCCAGUCAGGCAUAAGAGAGAUUCAAAUUACAAUGGGAAGCCUGUGCAAAUGAUGGCAAAAAUGUGCGCACGUCUUACCUGUGUUCAGCUUUGUUGCCUUUAUAAACUCACAGCUGUCACACUAGAAAAAUCAAUGCAACUCUUUAUACAAAUACAGCUCUUUAUUUAUUUAUUUGACUUUCUUAAUGUUGUGUUUAACAGGUUUUGUUUUGAGUAAUCACUUGUGUUUUUUCUACAGGCUCAGCUAACACACCUGAGCACCUGUCUAUGCCCGUCCUCACAUGAACCCCCACACUAUGCUGCCUGAGCCCCUCCUCCAGCAGUGAUGCCAGCCUUCAGCCCUCCUGCUCCUCUGCUCUGUGUGCUGCUGUGUCUGUCUGUGGCCCUGCAGCGCUCUGACCUGCGCCUGGCUUACGUGACCCACAACAGCUUCUCCUACUAUUCUUGCAAUCAAGAUCCCCAACCGUGCAGCAUCUCUUCACUCACAGACUGCAGAUGCAAAGACAUCCAGCUCUCUACGCUGCACCGCCCACAGUCGCACUCGUCUCCUGUUUUCAGGAUGAGACGUUUGACUGUUUGGAUCACGUCUCCUUUAAACACGGCACGUCUGCUCAACAACUCAGAAGUGAGGCACCUCACGCUGGUCAACUGUGGACCCAGAGGGACUCCUUCGUCUUCCCUGGAUGGGCAUUUUGCAGUGCAGCAUCUGGAGAGGCUGACAAUAGUGAACAUUUUAAGACCAGAUCACAACUUUCCAGAUGAGAACAAAGCAAAAGACUCAGACUUAGACAAUGAUCCUAGUACAGACAACGGUGCGCACCUGGACAGUAAUAGAUACAACCGGGACGCAGACACAAACCGGGAUCUGAUUGUUGAUAAGAGGAGAGAUUACCUUGCAUCGUCCUCACCCCAGAUUCAGGAUCUCUUCCUGGGCAGGGAGCUGGGAGCGGCGUAUCAUGAGCAGGCCAGACUGGGAGUCAUCCACAGCUCUGUGUUGGAGUGGGGAGCUGCAGUCAAAGCCUACACGGUCCAGACUCACAUCAACAGUGAAGGCGUACUGCCUUUCCCAGAUCUCCACCUACCAAAACUACCAGAGACAUCUGUCAUAUAUGUCAGCUUUGUGUACUGAAAACACUUUCUUCAGGAGAGCGGGAGGAAGACUCUGCUGUGUUCACGACCUACAAACACCACUUUUCUGCUCCUGUUUGUUGAAGGUCUACAAAUGUUUAGUUUUAGUUUAAAAAGACAGUGAAACAAGAAAUGGUGGAUCAUUUCUUUACUGAAUUAGUCGUAUUUAAAGUAAGCAUCAAGAAAACUCCUGAAAGAUGUUAGACACCAGUGACUAAAGCUAAAUGAAUGGCUGUGUUGACAAUACUCUUUUAAACCCUAAUUUACUCGAGAUCAUGAGUUAAAUAUUUUUCAAUCAAACAACAAAAGAAAGCAAAACUUAAAGCGUAUUUCUCUGAAUCCACCGAGCGAUAUGUGUUGGAGUAAAAAAAAAAGAGUGAGCGCAAAACAUCUAGGCACAUGAAAGCAGUCUGAAAACUAUUAGCAAGAACAUCUGAACUUUUUCUCAGCUUAAAGAACAGAGAAGGCAAAUUACUCUGCUUUGGAAAAUUUCCAGUUGCUUUUACUUUUGAUAACUUCAGAGCAAAAGCACAUUUGCAUACACACAAGAACAGCAGCAAAGAACUAAAUCCGAUUCUCUCGUCCAAGAGCUUUAAUCAUUUUAUUCCCGAGUGGCCUGAAACUUUGCACAGCUGUGUAUCAGCAUGUUAGAACAAAAUAUGCCGACUAAUGAGAGGCCUUUUGAGGGAACCAGAAGGGCCUGCCAACCCCUUCCAGCUCAAGUGUCCUUUGUGUCCAAAUGUUGUUUAUCCUAAAUUGAUGGUGUUGGCCUCUUUAAACUGUAAUGAAAAUGGUGGAGGGUUUCAUCACAUUUUACCCUCAAGCAAAGAAAAGAAAAAAAUAACAGUCCACCAGAAAGUUCAUCCAAAAUACUCUCAUCAUGUUGCAGAAUUAACACCAAAAGUCAGUGUGGUGACUGACCGUUCGCUAUCCUAAGCAACUGUUUUCAGCUUUUUAUGACGGCACACUUUUCAUACCUGAUAAGAGAGGAUCAAGAAUCUUUCAGAGGGACUUACUUCAAGAAUUUGAUCUUCAGCUUGGUUUAGUUUCAGACAUGGAGAUAAAAUAAGUGAAUUUGAUCUAGACAUUGAAAAUUUAGGUCAGUUUCGUUUCUGAUAUCUUUAGAUUGAGGUUAAUGAGGUCUCAGAUUUCUUUCUUGGCCAGGAAACAUGAAGCUUGUUUUCACUUUUUUUAUUUACAGCAGCAUGAACUUCUUUACUCUCUACUUUGGAAACCUACAGCUGACUCGGACCUUUGACCUCUGCACUAAAGCAAGCAGAACUUCCUCCUCUGGCAUUUAUGAACGAUCGAUGGCGUCCAUAAUAUGAAGAGCACGGUUAUUUCCAGAGUGCAACCACAAGAUGGCAGCAGAUAUGUUUCAGAGAAUGAAGGACGACCUGAGCUGACUGAAGACAUGAGGGGUAAAAGGUUUUAUUUCUUCUCUAAGGACUAUCUAAGAAGAAAUAAAACCUGUAAAUAAAGAUGUCAUGAUGCAUCUCAGCACUUUAAUGACUUGUGAGAAAUGUUUUGGGGAUAAAGGUACAUUAUUGAGUGUUAAUAAAGAAUAAAACUGAAAGACUAUGCAUGUAUUUUUUAUAAAGGUUAAAUGAACAAUGUCAUCUCUUGUACUUGUUGGGAGGGAAAAAACAAAAUUGAUGAUAAACUUACAACCAUUGGAUUGUGAACUGAAGAUGAGGAUUUUUUUUAAUGUUUCUGUAUUUCAUUUGUUAAAAUCAAAUCACAAGGAAGUGUGUGACACACGAAAUCUGAAUGAAAAAUGUCCUCCUAAAAAGGCUAAGCCCCCAGCCAACUUUUUAAAAACAUGAUGAAAUCUGUCUAGUUUAUAACAACAGGGAUUCAAACUUUUUAUAUUAUCCAGAUAUUAAUUAACUUGCAAUAACCACUGGUUUGAUGCGGUUGUAUAGGUAGAUGAUUGAGUGAGGAACAACAAGAAGCAUGUGGGGCUAAAGCAAUCUAAGGCUAACAGUUAACACGAGUGGUGAACAUGGGUAGAUGCUAGCAAGCUUAAACAGUGCAGCGCUAUUUUUACUAUAAAUAAUGUCAAAAUAGGACCUCAUCACCCCUACAUUUACCGCUACCACCAUACAGGUGAUUUAUCCUGAAAGCUCUCACAGGUCUGUAGACCUCAAGUAUUUUUGAGGUGAUGUAAAGUCUGUUAAAGGGGCGGAUAUUGCAAUUUUAAAUAAAUACGGUAACAAUA